CUCUGUCUUCGGCAGACUCUUCUUAGAUCUUUCUAUUUGUGGCCAACACAACUUGACAACAACUUCGUAGUUAUCACUUAACGCCAUCGACUUCCAGUGAUAACUCAGCAAUGGUGCCUAUUGUAUCCGAGUCGGUGUCGAACCAGGCCAAUGAACAGCGCCCGAGGAAAAGAGUUCGCAUGGCCUGUAACAGAUGUCGGCGGCAAAAACUGAAGUGUGACACCGAACGACCCUGUGCCCUUUGCACUCGCUCGGGUGUCGAGUGCGUCACAGACUCCCGAGAUGCUUCCUGGUACAGAGAGCAAGAUAGGAGCUCUAUUGUUGAAAGUGGUGGACCACCAGCAACGACUACCCCAAGGCCAGGACGAGAAUUCAAUAAUCCCAUCACGCCCAACGCCUGGUCAAUGGGAACACAAUGGCAACCAACUUCCUUCCAGGCAACCGGCCAUCUAAAUGAGGAUACUAGGAUUCCUCGGAAUAGUCCUCGAGACACGUCAGCUGUAAAGUUGACACAACAAAUCCUACAGCAACUGAGCCCUGAUACCUCACUGAAUACCGAUACUUCAGCAUUACCGGGGGGUUCAGGCAAUAAUCAAGCUCUAUCUUCAGACGUCGUUCCGAUCAAUCAGAUACUUGGAUUAGAUUUGCCCUCUAAGCCCGUUUCAGACCAUUUGAUCAACGUCUACUUCGAAUCAGUACACUGGUUCAUGGUUUUGUUCCAUGAGCCUUCAUUCCGACAACGAUACGAUGCCCUCAUGGUGGCAGGUCAAGCCUCGUUGAGUGAUACUUCGUUCCUCGUUUGCUUGAUGUUGCUUCUUGCUAUCGGAGCCAGAUAUAUAGACCCGGCGUCGAACCUCCCUCGUGAGGUAGCAGACACGGACUUGGAUGCUCUGCAAAGGAAGCUAUUAGACAAGACACGGGUGCACUUACUAGAUAUCAUAGAGGUUGGAGGUGUUGAAGGCGUACAGAUCUGUGUUCUUCUGAGCACAUUUUAUCUCUACCAUGAUCGGCCGAACCUGGCCUUUGCCAUCCAUGGCAUGGGAGUUAAAUGUGCUCACGCCAUGUAUCUUCACCAAGAGGCUACUUGGAAGGAGCCUACGGCCCUAACCCGUGAGAUUAAACGACGAGUUUGGUGGGCAUUGUAUGUUGUUGACUGCUUUUAUUCUAUCAUCUUUGGCCGUCCACGCUCUGUUCGGGACGAAGAGUCGAAUGUAGCCAUGGUCCGAAAUCUCGAGGAUACAGCUACCCGUCAUCCAGCCUUCAACUCCACCGAGAACGUUUCUGGGUCGAGUUUUCCUGUCACUAUCUUCUCAUACCAGCGUUAUAAGUUUCGUCUCUACACGAUAGCGGCCCGUGUUAUGCGCGACAUUUACUUCGGAAACUCUUCCACGCCACUGACAUCAGUCUCACAGACCAUCCAGUCAAUAAGCCGUGAUCUCGAGUCUUGGUUCCAGAGCCUCCCACCCGAACUGAAACACUCGAGCGGCAGCGAUUCGAAUCUGGUGAUGCAACAAGACCAGGAACCGCCGAAAAACAAUAUUGUGAGAAUGUUUCGACUGCAAGCCAUGACUUUACAGCUGGCAUACGAUAACAUACAGAUCCUACUUCAUCGUCCAUUAUUGCAACUUCCCAUUGGGUCCGACUCUCUCCAGUCUAUCCACAGUAUAAUAACACGAGCCAGGGGCAGCACGGCAAACGAGCCAGACCUAAGUGCGAUUGACGGUACAAUAUUAUCCAUGAGUAAAGCUCAAUGUUAUAAGUCCGCCAUUCGGACAGCUUGCCUGAACGUUUCAAUUGUUCAAGAGGCGAGGCAUACUCAUGCGGCAUCCUAUGUCGGGAUACAAAUGUUCACGGCAGGCAUGGUCCUCAGCAUUGCGGCUCUCUCAGCACCGCUCUCGUCAGAAGCUCAACAGGCGAAACGGGCCAUCGGGCGGAUUGUCUCUACAAUGGCCUCAAUCGGAAAUGAGACACUUCUGUCAGCCCAAAGUCAGCAGGUUCUAAAGCAAUUAGUUCGUCUCAUCCUAGAAAAAGAGAUGAAUUCAAUCUUUGCGGAAACGACAGGACAAUUCGAUACUCUUCAACCUGGGAAAUCAAACUUUCAAGAUCCGAGCCAGCCAAUGCCGUGCCAGUCUCCCCCAGUCCCAACACAAAACGCAAGCGAUAACCCACAGUCGACUGUCCAAACAGAUCCGACCCCUUGUGAGCCAACUGGUGACAGUUCCAUGGUCCGGAGAUAUGACCUUGAUACAGCGGAUGAGUUUAUGCAAGAAACUUGGAAUGAUAUCCUCCCCACAGCAAGCUUUGACUACAGUGAAGGCAUAUCUUCUGUCCGACAAGUCUUCUCCCAAACCGCAUACCCGCAGGUUACUCGUCCCGGUUGGACUGACUAUCCAGUCAACCCUUCUCUGUUGACCGAAUCUGCGGAGCCAGUGGACAAUUUAACAAGGCCAUUUCGCUUUUCACCUCCUGGUAAUGGCUUCCAAGGGGUUGGCCAAGCCUGGCUUUGGGACGAUGGGCCUUUGCAACCUGUCAAUAUGGAUAGCGGUGAGAACUCAACAUUUUGAUGUAACAUGAAAUUCUCAUUCUGAAUUACUACUCUCGAGAUUUCCUUGCAAGAGAAUUGAACAGCAACAAACUUACCACUACAUAAGAAGGAAUAAAAACAAUACCC